AUGGCAAGCAUAAGUCCACCUUCUGUCAACAAUGAGAACUAUGAUCCUAAGAAGCCAGAUAAGGUGACAUGUACUCUUUGUGACACUGAGGUUUCUGGAGGGAUAAAAUGGUUGAAGCAGCAUCUGGCAGGUGGAUAUGGAGAUGCAAAAAUGUGUCCUAAGACCACCACUGUCAUUAGGAAGGAGAUGAGAGAUUACUUGGAAUCCAAUAAGAGGAGGAGGCCAUUGUUCAACGAAGAGGGUGAUGAGCCACCCGAGGAACCAGCAGAUGUGGUGGUGGCUACUGCAGCAAGCAAUACAAAGGCAAAGCUGAAGGUUAACAAGUCAAUUGUUGAGAUGCUUCGGAAAACACCUGAAGAACUUGUUGAUGAAAGGCAUAAAGGAUGUUCUCAGCCAACAAUUCCAGCCAGGAUAAGGACCAAAGAGGAGAAGCACUAUGUGGAUCAGCAGUGGGCCUUGUGGUUCUAUGAGUGUGGUUACAAGCCUCCUACUCCCUAUAUGUUAGGUGAACCAUUGCUUAAGGAUGCUGUGAAAUUGACCAAUUCUAUGAGGGAGGAACAUGAGCAGGCCUGGAAGAUGUAUGGCUGCACACUUAUGUCAGAUGGCUGGACUGAUAAGAGAGGCCGUCAUUUGAUCAACUUCCCUGUGAACAGCCCUGCAGGGACUUAUUUCUUGGAGUCUGUUGAUGCAUCAAGUGAGGUACAUGAUGCAUUUAUGCUUGCUGAUUUAUUGGAAGCAAAGAUUGAGGAGAUUGGGAAAGACAAGAUGGUUCAAGUUAUCACUGAUAAUGGGGCUAAUUACAAGGCAGCUGGUAGAAUUCUAAUGGAAAGGAUUUCUACGCUGUAUUGGAGCCCAUGUGCUGCACACUGCUUGGAUCUUAUGCUGGAAGAGAUAGGGAACUUGAAGGAAUUUAAGAAGCCCAUUGCAAGAGCCAAACCCACUCGAUUUGCCACCUCUUUCCUCACUUUAAAAAGUUUGCACAAGCACAUAGAUGCUUUGAAGGCUUUAUUUGUUAGUGAAGAAUGGUUGGGGAACAAAUUGGCAAAAACUGCAGCCGGUCAAGAAGUGCACAACAUUGUGCUCUCUAUGGAAUUUUGGAAUUCAGUUGAAGAUUGCCUUAGAGCUUCAGCACCUCUGCUUAUUGUUCUUAGGGUGGUUGAUGGUGAUGAGAGGCCUGCAAUGCCAGAGGUUACAGCACUAAUGAACCAUGCAAAAGAGAAGAUCAAGCUCAGCUUUGCUACUGAAAACAAGAAAACCUUACUCAAGAAUAUCAUUAAGAUCACUGAGAAGCGUUGGGUCACACAAAUGGACCAUCCUUUGUAUGGGGCUGUACUGUAUUUGAACCCAGGAAGACUGCAUUCUCUCAUACAAGCUAAUGAUGAUGCAACUGUUGGACAGUUAAGAGGCCGUUUUCUUGAUGUGCUUGGAAGAAUGGUGGAGGAUGAAGAAAUUAGAAGCAAGAUUGAUGCCCAAUCCUUGGACUAUGAAGGCCUUAGAGGAGAUGCAUUCUCAAACAAACUGGCCAAGCAAAACCUACAGAAUUUGAACCCUCUUGAUUGGUGGCGUUCAUAUGGUGGUCGUGCUAUUGAGCUUCAAAGGUUUGCUAGACGCAUUAUGCAUAUAAAGAAAAGAAAUAGGUUGUUGCAUAAGCGAUUAAAUGACAUUGUGUUUGUUUCCUACAACCGGAAGAUGAAGACCAGGUUUCAGUUAAGGCAUGAGAAAAAGGGGAAAAUUUUUGAUCCUUUGGUCAUUGAGGAGUUUGAUUGGGACAAUGAGUGGGCUGACUCCUCCUAUGUUCAUCCUCAAGGUGCCCGUGGGUAUGACAAUGGUGACAAUGGUAAUGGCCUUACAUGGGAACUUGUGGAUGAAGUUGUUGGUGCAUCAAGCUCGCUGCGAGGCCGCAAUCUUCCAAGGAAUGCCAGCAGCAAGCGUGCAAGAAAUGGACAGUCAAGGUUGACUGAACUUGAAGAAGACUUAGGUUUGGCCAAUGAAGAAGAGGAAGAGGAAGAUCCACAUGACGAUGCUGAUGUGAGUGAUUGUGAGCAGGAUCCCAAUGGCUCCAACGGUGGCGGCGAAAACAUGGAGGGUCCAAACAUCCUUGAUGAGUUUGAUGACGGAUAUUGA